AAUAAUGCAGUUGGGUCAAAUGUUCCUACAAAUACGCCAAUGCGGGAUUUAGAAAUUAGUGGAGAUCUUAAUCAUCGGGAAGAUAUUACUCCUAGGAGAUCUGGACCAGUCGGUCACACCCAAGCUUAUGUUGGUUUAAUCACAGGAGCUUUGGCAGUUUUGGCCCUUGCAUUAGCUUGCACAGUUUUCUUGAUGAUCCGACGAGGUCGUAAGAAAGUUGCUUUACUUCACAAACAUACUGCACUGGUAUCCUCAGGGGGUGGUUCUUCCGCACCUGGUUUAGUAGGAUUAUCAGGACUGGCCGGGGGCAAACAGUGUCAAGGAAAUGCUGCUACGAUUACUAUGAAAGAAUUGCAGUUGCAUUUGUCUACACCAGUGCUGACAUCUCGAACCAGAUUGACAUUAAAGGCUCCACCGUAUGGUGACGUCGCCCGGAAGUCCCCAGCCGCAGCUCCUCAAACUGUGACGACACCGCCGCCAAAUGCGGCGCCUUUGGCAGAAGAUUCUGAUAGUGAAACAUCAUCAGUAUAUCACGAGCCUUACAGGCUUUUGCCGUCGUCUCUGAGCGGAGUCUCUGGAGGAAGCAAAGCUACUGAAUAUGGCUGUCUACUGCGUAAGGAUAAUGGAAAGACGCAAAAUGUUGACGGCAAAGUCCGGGGAGUUCAUCGUAUGUGACAAUAUCCAGAGAAUUGCGCACGUUUUCUAUGCAAACAAAUUUUGCGGCUGUUCAAACGACGCGGCGGCGUCUACUUGAAUUUCUGAACUUGUUCCUGCUGCUAUUACCAC